ACUGUGCGGGCAUUGUGAGUGGUCCACCAUCUCUAGAGCUCAGCUGAGGAUGGAAGGGAAAUUGAGGCAAUUGAUGUACGAAACAGGGUGGGCUUUAGCCAACAGGCCAGCUGUUGGUGGUGGCGCUGGCGUUGGUGCAGUUACCGUCGCAGCUGUCCCAGCGCCUAUUGAUCUGCAGGCAGUCGCUUCUUGUAGACUCAGGCCGGACCAGUGGUCUCCCCUCGCCGCCCUCUCCUCUCAGUGGCUCCCCGUGCCGGCGCUGAUGCCAGGCCAGUUCCUCUUCACUUCACCAUCGUCAGCAUCGCUUGCAGCUGUCGUCCACGAGCCAUAAACAAGGGAGGUGCCGUCUGUCCUGCAGUGUUUACAGUAAACUCUGGUGUAGUCUGGUGCACAAAGUUCAUUGUGUGGUGGUGUGGCUCUGCUGUAGUCACCAUCCCAUCCCUGGGUCCUGUGUCACUGCUGACCCUCUGAUCGGAGUUUGGCCGCUGCUAAUAAUAGGCGCAUAAAGUUACAAUUCAGAAGGCCUGCUCUAUAAUUUUCGUUACCAGACCCUAUCGCUCCGGCAAAAACAAAGUAAUCACAGGGGGAUCCCGGGGGACAGCCCGCCAAUGACAGGCGAGGUGACGGCACUGCCAGCUCCUACAGGACCAGCAGGGCAGUGGCAGGCAGGAGGGACGACAUGCUCACGAUUGAUGAAACUGACAGGUCUCAUCUCACUGACCCCUGUGUUCACACCAUCACCAAAAGCUUGAUGACUCUCACGAGGAGAUCGGCGACACCCACGGCCAGGCGCACACGAGGGAACCUCCUGAAGAUGUGACAAGAUGGCCGACUUGUCACGAUUGUUUCCUCGCCUUUUGCUCAUGCUGUUCACCGCCAGCAGCUUCUGUCUGGGAGAUGUCCACAUCGAGGAGCCUCUACAGAACGUGGAAGUCCUUGAAGGUGAGAGGGCAAAGUUCGUCUGCAAGGUCCGGACACUUCCGGCGGAGGAGAGCCGACUGCGCGUGCAGUGGAAGCACAAUGGCGACUUUCUGACGGUGGAGCGUAACGAUGCGGACCAGGGGUCAGGUCAGCACGUGUACAAGGCCGAGCGCAACCGUCACACUCUGAUUGUCAGGAACACGCGCUUCAAGGACUCGGGCGUCUACACGUGCAUCGCCGCCGUGGGGGACGAUACAGACAUGGCCAGCGCUCACCUGCGGGUCAAAGGACCACCAAGCCCUCCGGUGAAUGUAGAGAUCACCAGUUGUCAUGGAAACACCGCCGAGCUGCAGUGGGAAGGGGGGCCCGAGAACUGGGCCACCGUCACGCGCUACAUCGUGCAGUUCAACUCGUCCGUGGAGCCGGUCCGUUGGCAUGACUACUACGAGCAGUUUCCUGCCGGGUCACGACGAGCCUUGGUUGUCCUCUCACCUUGGGGCACGUAUUCCUUCCGGGUGAAGGCCGUGAAUGACGUGGGUGUGAGCAAGCCCAGCUCCGUGACAUCCAGGGAGUGCACCACGCCCCCUGACCGCCCAGACAGCAACCCCAAGAACGUACGCACGCGCACGGACGUGAAAAACACGUUGGUUGUGGAGUGGAACCCCAUAGACCGUCUGUACUUCAACGGCCCCGGCUUCCGGUAUGACGUGUACUGGCGGCGCAAGGGCAGCCUGGCGUGGGAGGCGGCGGUGGUGCACGACCCACUGCAGACGCAGUUCCGCAAGGAGGUGACGGACGUGUACGGACUGUACGAGGUGCAGGUGCGCGCCGCCAACGACCUCGGCGAGUCGCACCAGCCGGCAUUCGUCUUCAUCGGGCGAUCCGGAGAGGCGGAGCCACUGGUGGUACCCAAGGACUUCAGGCUCAACCCCAACCAUCCUCCCGAGGCGCACAAGGCCUACUUCAUCUGGGAGGCCGUCAACACCUCCACGGACCUCGUGCAGGGCAAGUUCUGUGGUUACAAGCUGCGCUACUGGAAGUCGGUGGAGGGUCGACACAAGCAGAAGGAGGUGGACUUCAUCAUCGGACAAGGGGAGAAGCACGGCCCUGAUAUGCGGGUGGCUGUGGCCGACCUACCCGCCUACACGGCACUGCGCGCGCAGGUUUCAGUGAUGAACACUCACUACAGCGGUCCACCCAGCCAGACCAUCGACUUCUUCACACCCGAGGGAGCACCCAGCGCCGUGCGGGAGCUGCACGUGGAGGCGUAUGGUGUGGGGUACGUCCUCCUGAAGUGGCUUCCACCCGACCAACCUAAUGGCCUGCUACAAGGCUACGAUAUAGCCUACCAGCCCAUCCUACGGCAGGAUGUGGGCAAGCUGAAGGGGCUGACGCCGCAGAUCAACAACCCCUCCACCCUGGGUGCGCGCAUUUCCGGUCUGCACGCCGACCACCAGUACCGCUUCUACGUGUGGGCUUGAACCAACGCCGGCAGGGGGCACACGGCCUUCACCGAGAUCAGAACCAUGCGAGGCAAACUUCCAGACCCUCCACGACUCCGAGUGUCAGAGCUCGUCAACUCCAGCAUCAACGUCACGUGGCAGUCGGACCAGGCGCCAGACACACACUACCUGCUGGAGUACCGCCAGGAGGGUAGCGAGAGCUGGCGGACCGUGGACUACAUCUGGAACAAGUCCUUGGUGGUGCUGGACAAGUUCGAUCCUGUGUCGGACUACGAGGUGCGACUGUUGGCCAGAAACCGCUUGGGCGACAUGUCCACCAGCAGCAUCCUCAAGUUCAGCAAUAAUCGCCAUGGGGGAAGCUAUUACUACAGACUGGAUGGACGAGAUGCCAAAAGCGGGGCGACAACUCGGCACCUCGCGUGUUGCAGAGUUAUCGGUCCUUUGGGAGCUCAGUUGCUGUUCCUGAUUUUCGUGAUGCUAACCAUUCCUCAUCUGCUGCUCUGACACUGUUCACUGGCCACACCCGGCUGUCGGACAUCUUCACAAGCACAGAACUUCAUGUCUUGUACUGUCAUGUCACACGACACUUCACUGCCAUGACUGACAUCCACCUGCGUGUCCAUCUACGUGUACCUGUGUGUAUGUGUGUGUGUGUACGCGAGUGCGUGUAUGUUUCAUCAGUUUGAAAAGCUGGUGCUCAUUGCAAAAGGUGUUCAUUGUGUUCACUGUGUUCAUUCACAGAAAUAAUGCCUAUUAGCGGAUUUGCUGAGCCGCUUGUGACACUGACGAUGCACUCAGACUUGUAGGUGUCUCUCCACUCACUUUCUGCACUUGGGUGGGAGUGGCACCGCUACCCUGGAGCUCAGCACGUGCAACCUGUAGAUGCACGUACCUGCACGUGCCAACGCGCUGACCGCGCUUGUUGAUUGAAUGUGACGACAGCAGGUAGAGAGAUGGAGAAGACAGGUGAGUGUGUGUGUGUGUGCACGUGCUGCGGACUUCUCACCUGUACAAACCAGGGACAUGUACAGAAGGUGUCCUACUGACCUGCUUUCGUGUCACGUCCAUAAGGCAGUGAACCCUGACCCUGACCCCUGAAUGGGGACUAAGACACAUGUUGCACGUCUGGCCAGUGGAUACUGAUGUAGUCAUCAUCUACUCAUCAUCGACUGAUCUACUGAUACUGCUGACUACUCACUGGCCCAGGCUCACUUGGCACGUGCUGUGCGCGUAAACAGCUUUCUGUGGAGUGUGUCCAUGAUGCAUGAACUACUUGACUUUUAUCACAGGGACGCCAUCAGAAUGUGUUGACUGCUGUGACCUGCCCUUUGCUCGUGUACACGUCUGUCUGACCUGUCUGACCUGUCUGACCUGUCUGACCUGCUGGACAUGGUCGCGACCUGGCGUGACAACAUGCAAGCUGUUACAUCUCUCUCUAGUGUCUCAAAAUGUAAUGUCCACUGCCAGAUCGCAUCACAGUGAGAAAACAUGGUGUAACACCCAGAUACAGUGAUGGUGUAACACCCAGCUAGAGUGAUGGUGUAACACCCAGCUACAGUGAUUGUGUAACACCCAGCUAGAGUGAUGUGUAGCACCCAGCUAUAGUAAUGGUGUAACACCCAGAUACAGUGAUUGUGUAACACCCAGCUAGAGUAAUGGUGUAACACCCAGAUACAGUGAUGGUGUAACACCCAGCUAGAGUGAUGGUGUAACAUCCAGCUACAGUGGUCUGAAGGGUGGACACUACAGACUACGGCAGGACUGUCUACCAACGGUCAUCCUACUUGCUGCUGACCUCCACAACACUUGUAUCCGCUCCCUGCUGCUUGCCUCCCUGAGUAUGGAUAGAGAGAAACAAUAGCAAGACAGCUUGUGGAAACGUGACCGACUUCAUUACAAGGGAGAAGUGUAUGUGGUCACGUGACUGAUGAGCACCACACAGAUAGCUUUAAAUACCUGUGCGUGAUGACGGGAAAUCACUGCGAGAUGACAGUUUGUUUUUCUGUCUGCAUGAUAUUCUGAUGUCUGCAGACAGCAAUUAGAUGUUAAUUAUUUUGUAAGUUUUAGGUGUGUUCAUGGAUUGAAACAUGCAUUCUCCACACAUUAUGCAGGAAGGCCCUGUCCACUUGCUAUGCUGUAAGAGUUUUAGUUCAUGUUCCUCCAGGACAGAAGGAGCGACGAGCGUGUGGACAUGCAAGGGCUGCCCUCAAGACUAGGGGCUGCUUGUCUGGCAGGACCUGUGAAGGUAGUUCCAGACUAGCAGGCUGGCCAUUGUCUGACAGCCUCCUACAAACAACUCGUUUUAUGGAGAACUGUUGCUGAUACAAAUACUCAUUCUGUCUUCUUGUGUUUUGAAGCAAAGCUUGUGUGAGGUCACGUGUUGGUCGUGCGAUGCUGACCUCGUGACCACAUCCCCGUAUGUAGCCGCCAAUGUACAGCAAGGUCCGAGUCUGUCCCACAAGGUCCGACCUCCCUGUUGACCUCUGAUGUCCUCACCCAGUUCUUUCCUCGUCCUUUGGUUGGUUGUGUCCUGCAGGGUGUGAUGUCACACACAUGUCACACUCAAAGUAUUUUUAUCACGAGAUUUCUGAUACAAAGUCGCUGCCAUAUUUUAUGGACCGUUUCUCUCUGCGUAUCUACCUAGGUGAGUGUAGUCUCUUUCAGAUAACUGUCACUAUGAACAAAUGUACAUGAAUUAGCUAGGUAAAGGUUUGUUUGUUUGUCUGUAGUUUUGAAGCCUGCUCUAACAGCUGCCAGGACUUCAGGAGCGGACUGCCACGUGUUCCUCCCUACUUUAUUCUCCAUUUACUUCGUCCCGCAGAUAAAACUCUUUGAAGAAAGAGUUAAUGUGAAAUGUUACCAAAUAUUUGUUUUCAAUGUAGAUGUGUGAUAUGUCUGCUACAGCAGCCA